AACCAAGAUGGCGGACAACGCUUGGCUCAUCGAUGGCGUUAUACAAUUUUUACGAAGCCCAAUUUGGCAAAUGCCAGUGAUGGGUUUCAUUGACCAGAAGUGCUUGGUGUUUGACCCUGAAGAAACCAACAAUAAAACGUACAAAGAAAUACACACAGAGUAUCAACAGUUGGUGGAGUUUAUGUUGGAGAGUUUUGUCAAAGACAUCGGGAUCAAAUCGGAGGAGUUCAUUAAAGCUUGCCAAGGGCACAGCUACCAGUCUAAUGCAUCUAUCAUGACGCUCUUUGAGCAAGUUGAGGCUGCUCAAGACUUUGAAGUCUUUAAGCGAAUGAUGAUCAAACAGAACAUAGAGCUUGAGCUUCAGGUCUUACACGUAAUGCAGGCUCGUACUGGGGAGAUCCCCGGUAUACUCCAAGCUGAUCAAGGGACAUCUGCCAAAUAUUCUCAAGCUGCUAAUACUGAAAACGAAGAUGAGAAGAUCCUGAAUGAGAUCCUCAGAAAAUCCAAAGAAGAAUACGAUGCUCUGAAAAAGCAAGGGAAGGAGAAGGAAGCCGGGAUUGAUCUGAAGAUGGAUAAAGCAAUAGCGAGCAGUAAGGAAGAUGCUGAGAGAUUGCAACGGGAAAAGGCAAAGGAGGAAGAAAUGCUUAACAAGGUUUUAUCCGAGAGUAAAGAUGAGUAUCAAAGGAAAGUUGAAAGGGAAAGAACAAUAACCGAUAAGGCUUUGAAGCUGUCUAUCUCUAAUGGCUCGUCCAAACCAGCAUCAGACGCCUCCAAAGGCUUACCACCAGUACCCCAACCAAGCAAGCAACCAAGUUCAAGACCCAGUUCCAAAGCGAGCACGACAAGCAGCAAGUCACCAGCGCCGUCACCAGCGCCAACCCCAGUACCUGCACCAACGAGCAAGCCUGUGACUGGUGCAGAAGCAGCAGCCAACUGGCUGAGUAGCGCCAAGGCUGAAGCUGCUGCUGAUGAAGGAAGAGGAUCAAGAGCUAGUGUUUCAUCUUCAGAUGCAGGUGAGUUAAAGAAGCGGGAGGAAUAUUUGAAGAAACAACGAGACCUACUCAUCAAGAUGAAGAGGCAAGAACGAGAGAAACACUUCAACAAAGAGACGGAGUCUGAGACUAAAGCAACAGCUCGACCCAAGUCAGCCCGAGCAGCUAGACAGGCUACUGCAGGUGAUGUGAAACCAGUGGCAUCAAGUGAACAGCAAGAUAAACAGAUGAAGAUGCGUCUAGCUUUAGCUGCUCGUCUUAAGAAAGAGGUCAUUCAGGGCAAAUGAACGUUCUACUCAUCUGAUAUGACCGCAUCAAUAGUGCAAGUAUUACACUUAACAGUGCUUUGUUUUUAGACUCAAUCUUAUAAAGCAAGUGAUUUGUGCUGAACAUUUACUUUGCUAGAUAAAAAAUAAAAAAUUGUUAAAUGUAAUUCACCACCUUUUUGUUUUGCUGCAAUGUUGUUUAAGCUGAACUUAAUUUUAAGCCCACUAUUUUUUCGCUUUUGCACUAGGAAGUUUAGGGCCCAUGGGUCAAAAACAGGGCCCAAUUUCAUUAAGUUUGUGGGCAGACAUUUAAACAUAUACGCGCUAUCAAAUCUGUUUGAUUGCUUGUGAAAUGAAAGACAUUUUUGCUAAUGAACAUUUUUCUAUCAGCAGCUUUAUGAUAUUAGGCCCAGUUGAAAUCUUUGCGCGGAAAAAUCUUGAUUAGCAGAAACAGUUUACCAGCCAAAUUACCAUGUAAUAUAAUUUUUAAUUUGGAGACAAAUUUGCUUAGCACAAUUUUCUGCUAAACAACUUUAUGACAUUGGGCCCUGGCUUUAGGGAAUGACAAUGUGGCAAUACUCUCUGCUUAAAUAGAACAUAAUUUUCUAUUUUGAUUUUGAAAACAAGCAUGAUAUGUGUCUUUAAAUGCUAUUUCUUUUUGACAUUGAGAGUCUUUCAGAUCAACUUUCUUUUUUCAGGAGGAUUGGUAAAUGGUUUGUCGUUUAUUAUCAAUAAGCUUUAAAAUUGAAACUUGCAAUGUUCCCCCGUACCCACUUAUGAUUAGCCAAGUCGUCAAACAUGACCCACAGUUAAAAUGUACACAGAUAAGCCAAUUCCAGUGUGAUAAAUUUGUGAAGUCCAUAUUCUAGUUAUGAGGUAUGACCAAAGAAUGGAUCUAUCUAUAUUCAGAGAAAUUGUGAUUCACUUUUACUGUGGGUUAGGUACUGAGUACACAGUGCUUAAUACACAUCGGUGUGAGGGUAUAAACAAUCCUCCCGUAUUCCACUUUUGAAACCAAGUGAUUAGCCAUGUCAUCAAAUUAUACCCACAGAUAGAAUAUACACAGAUCCUUGAUGCUAUUUAAGUAGGAUUUGAAACUUUGCAUGGUGGAAAAACAAUAUGGAAAAGUUUGCGGUAACACCAUGUAAUGACUC